UUUCCUCUCUUCGGAAACACCACAAGAAAACAGGGGCGUCCAGGUCGACAAAAUAAAUAGAUAGCGGAAGAUUGGCGGAAUCCAAAACAGCGAAGAGAAAAGAAGAGCGAGGGCGGAGGAAGGAAGAGAUGGUGCGGAAGGCGAAGGUGGAGUUCGAUGAGAGCCCUCCCGACUUCGAUCCGAACAACCCCUACGGGGAUCCGGUGGCGAUGCUAGAGUACCGGGAGUACUUGGUGCGGGAGAAGUUUAUCCAGAUCGAGACCGCCAAGAUCAUCAGGGAGCGCCUCCGAUGGUGCUACCGCAUCGAGGGCGUCAACCACCUCCAGAAGUGUCGCCAUCUGGUCCAGCAGUACCUGGAAGCCACCCGCGGCGUCGGCUGGGGCAAGGAGAACCGCCCACACGAGCUCCACGGCCCCAAAAAGGAUUCCGAUUAGGGUUGCUGCUUGUUUGGUCAAGGUCGCCGGGUCUUGAAGUAAGACAUAUUGCGUAGGCUGAAUCUGUGCUGCCUUUCCACCACCACUUGGUUUGUUUUAAAUUUGAUGUUUUUACAUCUGUUUUCACUUGGUGAAGUACCCUCAGACGAAUUCCAAUAAUGGAGUUGACUUUAAUUUUCCAAAUAAAUUACCAAACAUCAUCGUUGAGGUUUCCUUGUA